GCGUCCGCAUAAUUAUUUGUCAUUUGAUAAGUGUUUUAUUAUUUAUUUUUUGUUUCCUUUUUAAAUAAGUGUGUUUUGUAAUAUUUGUUUAAAAGAAAAUUCAACAGUUUUAAACAAAAUAACGGAUGCAACAAAUAUUAAUGUACAGCUAUUUUAAAACAAUACCCUCAAUACACAAGUUAUACGGAUAAAAAAUCAAUCACAAAAGAAAAAAAAAAAACCAAGCCAUGGAUAUCCCUGAUUAUAAAUGCACUCUUCGUUCAGAAGAAAACAAAAACGACAAAUUAGCACAUUCCUAUUUGCCCAGUGUCGUCGAUUCAGGAUUCGAUUCCAUUUACAAUGGUUCUUCUCUUUUCAUGGAAAAAAGUUUUAGUCGAGAAAGUUUUGACAUAUUCAGCCCCAACUCGAGCAAUCGAACACCAAUUAAACAAUCCUCUUCAGCCUUGAAAUAUCACGUAUCCACACCGAAAAACAGUGCAUCUAUCAAAAGGCAUUUAUAUAGCACUUUUAAUACCAGUUCCCUCAAACGAUCCAAAUCCAACGAAAACAACGAAAAUGAACCCAAAAUUGCCAAUACCAGUAUUCACAAUAGACUUGAUCAUUUCCAUGACAGUGCUUGUCCUCUUAAAGCAUUGCACAACUUUGAUUUAUCUCCACACAAAAAUAUACUCAGUUCCACUACAAAUCAUUUACAAUCAUUUAUUAACGACUCAGCAUUAUCGAUCUCAAAACAUUCAACUAGAUAUGACGAGGAUCAUUUUGAACAGCCUCUUGUUCCGGAGAGACCUUCAAAAAGUCUGCGAUAUUUUGCGCCAUCAGUUAAACACUCAAAGAGAAAGUUAGAUAUACCUCCGGUCGAAGAUAAGAGAACUCAAAUAUAUUUCGAUGGGACAAGGUUUUUGAAUAUUAUUGGCAAAUUGGCGCAAUUUUCUGUGAUUCUCGAUGACAUAUUCAAAAGAUUGAGCGGCGAAGAUUUAUUGAAUGUGUCACUUGUUUCAAGGAAUUGGAAUUCAAUAGUCAAAUCGAAUAGAAAUGCCAAUGCCAGAAUACAGAAGUAUUUAAAUGAAUCUCGCAAUUAUAAAGAGAAUCUUAAGGAAUCUACGAAACCUGUCAUUGUUCACAAUAAGCGUCAUCCAUUUUCACAAUUUAAUAAUGUAUCUACCUCAAAUAAAAACCAAGAUUCAUCAUCACCUACCAGUAGCUUUUAUGAGAACCAAAAUGUUGUGCAACAGCUGUUUGCCAACGAAAGAUUGGUAAAGUGUCCACGUUGCAGCAGAGGAAGUAUAGUAUCGAAUUCAGCAGCUCGAUUGCAUUCGACUUCAUUGAUUUCGUUGCCAUCAACCACAUCCAGUGACUUAACAUAUUUAAAUCUAAAAGCUGAUAGUAUUUGUGGUAUAACUGCAGAUGAGAAUUCAAUCAAUAAGAAACAGCCUCAGGUGUCGUCGGAAGAUAUAGGUGUUUGCAGCAGUGUAGCGUGCAAAUAUAUGUUUUGCCCGAAAUGCUUAUGUGAUUAUCAUCCUGGAGAGAGAUGCAAAUUGUCAGAACCUGAAUCUCCGUCGAAAUUGCUUGUAUGUCAUAAGAAAAUGAAGGUUGUAAAUAAGCCCAGCUCAAAAAUAAACUCUAAGCGCCAAUCGUUGAGGAGAUUAUGUUUUUCGUAAAAAAUACAUACACAAAAUAAAUUGUUUAUUAUUAUUAUUUUUUUAUUUUUUUCUUUAUAAUCGUAUCUUUGUAAUAUUGUCAUUUUAUGGAUUUAAUUUUUAAUAAAUUUUUAUAUAA